AUGCACUCAUAUAACCGGUACAGACCUUAUGCACCUCAAACCUCCAUUUUAUCUCAUUUUGCGGGAAACGUGCAUGAAUUCGUCACCCAAACGCAUUUGACGCGUGGUCUCACAUUGAAGCUUUUACAAGUCAACAAAAACCCAGAUUUCCUUGCUGCCGCCAAAGGUGUAAUCUGUCCUGCUGCUCUCGUCUCCUCCCCAGCAGAUGCCGGGGCCUCAGGCGCUUCAAGUGCUAUUGUAGGGGGUGGGCAACAACUAGGUCUAGCUGCCAAGACCAAAUGCAUCCUUGGCAAGACAGACCUUAAUGUUAAAGAUAAGACGCUUGUCGGAAAUCUUAUUAGCCUAAUCAAACUGCUCAUCAGUGCUAACAGAUAA